AUGACCGACAGUAAGGUCCCCCAGCCGGGACCAGCAAAAUUGAAACGAAAUGCUGGCCCCGACGAGUGGCUGGCGGCGGCCAAGGAUUGCAAGUACCUGUCCGAGGCCCACAUGAAGCAGCUGUGUGAGAUAGUCAAGGAAUAUAUGAUGGAAGAGUCAAACAUCCAACCCGUAUCGACCCCGGUGACGGUCUGUGGCGAUAUCCACGGCCAGUUCUACGAUCUGUUGGAACUCUUCCGAGUCUCGGGUGGCAUGCCUGACGGCUCCGAAGCAGACGCGCCCAAAACAUCCACCGCGGUCAUCACCUCAGACGACCUCGAACCCCCAUCUUCCAUCACAGACCCUAAACUCCGAAAGAAGUUGCGGAGCCCCAAGGGCAAGAGUGGAGAGGACGACGAAGAUAAUGGCUCCGAUGCCACCCCUCGCAGCAGAUCUACAAGCGACACGUCCAACGAUAUUCAACCGAAUCGCAACUUUGUGUUUUUGGGAGACUACGUCGAUCGUGGAUACUUCAGUUUAGAGACAUUGACCCUGCUACUUUGUCUCAAGGCCAAAUACCCUGAUCGAGUCACCUUAGUGCGCGGGAACCACGAAUCACGACAGAUCACUCAAGUCUACGGAUUCUACGAAGAAUGUUUCCAGAAGUACGGAAGUGCCUCGGUGUGGAAGGCAUGCUGCCAAGUCUUCGAUUUCAUGACGCUGGGCGCCAUCAUCGACGGCAAGGUUCUGUGUGUACAUGGUGGCCUCAGCCCCGAAAUUCGGACCCUGGAUCAGGUGCGCGUGGUUGCCCGAGCUCAGGAAAUUCCCCAUGAAGGCGCAUUUUGCGAUCUGGUCUGGUCAGACCCCGAUGAUGUGGAAACCUGGGCCGUCAGCCCUCGAGGUGCAGGCUGGUUGUUCGGAGACCGUGUUGCCGACGAGUUCUGUCACGUCAACGACCUGUCCCUGAUUGCUCGCGCGCACCAGCUGGUCAACGAGGGAUAUAAAUACCACUUUGGCAACCAAAACGUGGUGACAGUGUGGAGUGCGCCGAACUACUGCUACCGAUGCGGUAAUCUGGCCUCUGUCUGUGAGAUCGGAAACGACCUCAAGCCCACCUUCAAGUUGUUCAGUGCAGUCGGCGACGACCAACGGCAUAUGCCCACAUCGCGGCCGGGCCGUAGUGAGUAUUUCCUGUAA